UCUGUGUCCACAGGACCGCUGCUCCAGUCUGUCCGUAACACCCCCAGCCCCAUUGACCCGGAGAGUAUCCAGGUUCCGCUCAGCUACGAGCCGGACCCUGCCGACCUGGCUCUGUCCAGCGUCCCCGGGCAGGAGAUGUUCGACCCCCGCAAACGCAAGUUCACCGACGAGGAGCUGAAACCGCAGCCCAUGAUCAAGAAAGCCCGCAAGAUAUUUGUGCCCGAUGAGAUGAAGCAGGAUGAAAAAUACUGGACCCGGCGCAGGAAGAACAACAUGGCGGCCAAGCGAUCGCGCGACGCCCGCAGGCUGAAGGAGAACCAGAUCGCCAUCCGGGCCUCGUUCCUGGAGAAGGAAAACUCGGCGCUGCGCCUGGAGGUGGCCGACCUCCGCAAGGAGCUGAACAGAUGCAAGAACAUCCUGUCCAAGUAUGACCCCUGAGUCACGCAGCAUCCUGCUCCAACCUCCCCCUCCCCCCCACCCGCCCAAGCCUUUAACUAGGCCUCAAAACAUGCCCACCUCUAUAUGGGACACUCUCCCCCCCCACGUGCCCAACCUUUAACUAGGCCUCAAAACAUGCCCACCUCUAUAUGGGACACUCACCCCCCCCACGUGCCCGACCUUUAACUAGGCCUCAAAACAUGCCCACCUCUAUAUGGGACACUCUUCUCCCCCCUCCCCAAUCACCCAUCCCCCCCAUAUCUCCUCCCUCCCCCACAACCCCAAAUCUGAGCUGGGAGACUGGGUGAUCACCCUUGCAAUGUCACUUUGGGGAGAGGGAACCCAGCGUUUUUAGGCCGGGCCGACAAGGCCUUGUGUUCGGGGCCUCCCUCUCGCAACCCCCCCGCCACCCCCCUCCUUCUCCACCAUCCUGCACGCUCCCCCUCACCCCAACACACAGAGUAUCCUCCCCCCUCCCCCCCCCCCGCACUCCCCAUUUCUAAAACGAGAACUGUUGUUAGAUAACCGCAGCUUUUUUGUCCCCAAAAACUUUUUUAAAAAGCUGCUUGCUCACACAAACGUGAACCGCCGGCCCCUGACCUUCACACCUCCGGGCUCCUCGAACAAUUAUCCAGAGGCCCCCACCUCCUGUUUCUAGACCGAAGUCCAUACCUUCCCAAUGGACACCCCCCCCCCCCCACGACCCCCAAACCUCCAAGCUCCAAAGCUUACGGAAAAGUGAAUUUAAAAGAAAAUCCUCAAGCAUUCUCUAAGAUUAGAUAUAAUUUAAACUUUUGUUGUUACCUGUAUUUUGUCCCCAGUGGCGUGUAUAAUCCCGAAUGUGCUUCUUAGAGUGAACACAGUAACAUUGGUGGAAUCUUCCCCCAAAUGCAUGAAUUGUUAUGAAAACAAAUGACUAUAACUACUUGUGAUUUUAAUCUCCUUCUCGCAGUGCUGUUCUGUUCUGGUCUGUCAGGCAUGGUGUGUUGGGCUCAGCUUUCCUUAUUUUCCAACAGAAAGCAAUAACUGUGUUUUAUGUUUAGUUUAAGUUUUUGGGAGAUCCAGCGCGGAAACAGGCCCUUCGGCCCACCGAGUCCGCGCCGACCAGCGAUCCCCGCACACUAACGCAAUCUCCCACACACUCACGCACUGGUUGGGACAUUAGGUACAUUUACCUACAAACCCGCACGUCAUUUGGAGUGUGGGAGGAAACCGGAGCACCCGGAGGAAACCCACGCGGGUCACGGGGGGGGAGAAAGUUAUCAGUUGCGGCACAGCGGGUAGAACCACUGCCUCACCGCGCCAGAGACCCGUGUUGGAUCCCUGGUGACUUCGGGAGCUGUCUGUGUGGAGUUUGCACCCUUUACCUAUGACUGCGUGGGUUUCCUCCGGGUCCCAGAGGUCCACAACUGGUAUAUCAUUCCCCCCCCACCCCACACUGGUGUGAACGGUGAUCGCUGGUCGGCAUGGACCCGGUGGGCCGAAGGGCCUGUGUCCAGGCUGUGUCUCUAAAACUAACCACAGGUAGGCGCAUGGUUUUCUGAACUCGGGAUUCCAAAACCGUAAAGAGUCUACACACACACUCUAUGAGGAAGAGGGAUUUCUUUUUAAACAAAAAAAUCUAUUUAGAAAUAGAAGCAAUGUGAGUUUUGAAGGCAUUGAUUUAGGGUAUUUGCACCUUGUGGAGGUCGGAGUUCAUCUCCAGCGAAGAGGGUGUUGCCAUGGAGAUAGUUUAGUCUUGUUUACACCUGCUUUCUGAUCUCCCAAAGCAUAGAUAUUCUAUAUGAUAAAGUUAAUGUUCAUAGAGAGAAUUAUAAAGGUCCUUUUUUGUACAGUAUUUUUGAAUGGAAUACUGACAAAAUGUAUUUUAAGAAAAAUAAAAUUAUAUUAUAUAUUGUGUAUU